AGCGAGAGCCCUGGUGGAGUGGUGCCAGGAAAAUAACCUCUCCCUCAACGUCAACAAAAUGGAGAGGAUUGUGGGCGACAGGAGACAGCAGAGAGAGCACUCCCCUAUCCACAUCAACAAGGCUGCAGUGGAGAGUGUGAAAAGCUUCAAGUUCCUCGGAGUGUAUGUCACCGACGACGUGAAAUGGUCCAUUCGCACAGACAGUAUGGCGGAACAAAUUUGGCUUGGCCCAUAAGACCCUCACAAACUUCUACAGAUGUACCAUUGAUGCACCAUGUUGCUCUAGAUCACCCUGUAUAUCACCCGGGCUAUAUCAUCAUACUGUUUUAACCACUACAUAUGUAAAUACUGUAUUCUAGUCAUGGAUCAUCCUAUAUAACUACUGCUGUACACAACUUUUCUAUUCAUAUACUGUCUAUACUGUCUAAACACACCAUUCUAUUAUACAAAACAUUAAGGACACCUACUCUUUCCAUGACAUAGACUGACCAGGUGAAUCUAGGUGAAAGCUGUGGUCCCUUAUUGAUGUCACUUGUGAAGUGUAUUCAAUUAUUGUGAGGACAUUGUGGGGACGUCGCCGACGGUCUUGAGAACAUCAACAAGACCCUACUGCCUGGGAGGCUCAAGCUUUGGUGCCUACAGUUUGGACUUCUCCCCCGGGUAAUGUGGCCACUCACCGUCUAUGAGGUCCCAAUAACAACAGUGGAGAAGAUGGAGCGAACUUCUAAAAUGUAUUCUAUUAUUUGUUUCCUCGUCAAUCUACACACAAUACCCCAUAAUGACGAAGCAAAAACAGAUCUUCUCAAGCUCUGUAAGGUUGGAUGGGGAGCGUUGCUGCACAUCUAUUUUCAGAUUUGUCAGUGUUCCAAGAGGAUGAAGGUAUAGAGAUGGAUUCAGUCAGCUGGACUUCCAACACCAAACUCCCCGGCACCCAAUCAGAAACCCCCAUUUCCUCUGGACGCUUCUCCUCCUGGGUGACCUUCGACGAUGACGAGGAGGACAAGCCCCACCACCUGGAGCAGCCAUCCCACACACGAUUGGAUGAUCUCAGCCACUUCCAGGAUGCCAACAGUAACCCGAUUGGUUCUCCUCCCAACGUUUGGAAGCAGAACGUGAACCAGCAGAACCAGAACCGUCACCUCCUGGACCUGACGCCAGACGGAAACCCUCCUAGAUCCCUUCUGAUUGAACCUAGAACCGCUCCCCUGCUCCCCGGUAGGACUAAACCUUACACCAAGAAGAACCCUUUCCUGUGUGAAGAGUUCAAUGACAUCCAGCCCUCUCCCAUUAACCCCUUUAGUUCCUACUUUGACUGUAAACAGGAAGUGGCAUCAGAGACGAUCCAGAGUAAUGGCUCCGCCCACCACCUGGAGAGCUCUCCCUGUGCCUUCUCCUUUAGCUCUCCUUUCUUCCAGUCUUUCAGCUCCCACAGCCAAGAGGCCAAACGAGAGUCCAUUCUCGUCUUCUCUUCCGAGUUUGAGCCCACCAGAGGAGGAGGGGAAGAGACAGUCAGCCAUGUCACUCCUCCCUUAGACAGACUAGACCUGGAUCAGCUGAGAAACCUCCAGAUCACAGACCCAGACGAUCCAGGCAGCCCUACUUUGCCUGAUGACUCAGUGGAGGAUGCGCAGGAGGCGAAGGAAGAUGGGUUGGAGGGAGAGGAUGAGGGCACCCCCUACCUCCCAGAUCACAUGACCCCCCAAGAUGGCUGGGCCAUGCUGCUCCGUAUACCAGAGAAGAAGAACAUCAUGUCGUCACGCCACUGGGGGCCUAUCUAUGUCCGUCUGUCUGACGACGGCGUGCUCCAGAUGUUCUACGAGAAAGGUCUGGAAAAACCCUUCAGGACCCUGAAACUGGACCCUCGCUAUGAGGCGGCUGAGCACCGCCUGCAGAAUUACGAAGAAGCCGGCCGCGUCCACACGCUCAGUGUAGACCUCGUCCAAUACCGCGAGAGGAGGCGAAUCCAGCCGAAGUCACCCGUCACCCACCAGCCAAUCCGUGAGCAGCUGGUGAAGCUGGGCACCACCUGUUACCACGACUUCCUGAGUUUUCGUCAUGCGCUGGUGGAGGUGCUGAGGCGGUUGCCGGCAGUGACAGGUGGGGCGUUGACGGGGUCGCCCAUAGGGGCGGGGCUGACAGAGGAGGAGGUUCAGGUGGAGGUGAGGGACGAGUUCUACGGGACGGUCGCUGCGGGAGAUGGGAGGAUUCUGAAGCAGCUUGUAAUGACUCGUGUGCACGUGCUGGCCUUCCUCUCUGGGUCGGCAGGCUGCCGCCUCGGACUCAAUGAUGUGCAGGUCAAAGGUAAGGAGGUGGUCUCCAGACACGACAUCAUCCCCAACACCACCACCCGCUGGAUCCGCUUACGUGACUGCGAGCUUCAUGACGAACACGCAGACGAACUAGAGUUCCUGUCGUCACGGCAAGUUGUCUUCACACCGCCACCCUGCCGCCGCUUCCAGCUGCUCGCCUUCCGCACGGCCUUCGCUGAGAAAACCCUCCCCUUCACGCUGCGCACUGUUGCCUCCGUCCGCGGCGCCGAGGUCACCCUGCAGUCCUGGCUGCUGAUGUCACAGGGGUUCUCGUCCAAUCGGGACACGUUGAACCUCAUCCCCUGCGAGAAUGUGGCGAUCCGCUACCCCAUCCCUGAGAUUUGGGCCAAGAACUUCCGUCGGGACGGGGUGAUGGGGGAGAGGUCACUGAAGGCGAGGUUCAACAAGGGUGCCAGCUUCGGCACGGCGAGUACUUCCGGGUCAGAGCCAGUGAUGAGGGUGACCCUUGGCACGGCCAAGUAUGAACAGGCUUUUAAAGCUGUGGUGUGGAGGCUCAGCCGCCUGCCUGACAAAAACUCGGCGUUGGGUCACCCCCACACCUUCUUCUGUCGUCUGGAGCUGGGUUCGGACCGUGAGGUGCCAGCCUCGCUGCAGAGCCACCUGGAGGUCGAGUUUGACAUGCCCGCCGCCUCUGCCUCCAAAGCUACCGUCCGCUCCCUCUCUGUAGAGGACAGGGCAGACGCCAAGAAGUGGAUCAACUACAAAUCACACUACUCCUACCAGGUGCCUAUAGAACAGAAGACAGGCGGCCUCUCAGAGAGCAGCAGCCCUACACUGGACCAGGACCAGCCAGGAGAAUGUGCACAGCAGUGAAGACACACAGACAGACGGAUGUAGGGAGGACGGGAGGAUUUGAUGACUGCUUUUUUCACAGGAGAAGGGAGAAAAGUCACUUUUUGCACUUUGAAGAACUGUACCGGAGGACUAGUUGGCUGAUGUUUGUGCAUAGAUUGGAUGUAGACUGAAUGUACACUGGACCAACAUCCCUGUGGAAUGUUUCCGAGACCUUGUAGAAUUCCCCAAAUAAUUCAGGCUGUUCUGGAGGCAAAGGGGGGUCCGACCCGGUACUAUAUGGGUGUACCUAAUAAACUGGUCGGUGAGUGUAGAUUCUGCUUUGUUGUAGACUAGAUAUAAACGGGACUAAACUGGUUGUAGAAUGGAUAUGACUAGAUGUAAACUGGAUAUACUCUACUUAAACUAGUCGUAGACUGGAUAUGACUAGAUCUAAACUGGAUAUAGACUGGACUUAGACUAGGGAAACUCAUUAGACUGGAGGCUAGUUAAGGAUCUUGCUUUGUUCAUUUGUUUAUUUUCUUUAAAAUGCUGAUUUGGGCAGACUAGUCUUACUGAGGGAGAGCUAUUAGUUUUAUAUGAUGAUUCAUUUAUUGUGAGUGGAUCGGCUUGGCCUUGUGGUCUUACCCCAUUGGGGUACAGCAAGGGCAAAGUUACAGAUCGUUCAGAUAGAAAUGCAUUGCGCAGAACAGAUGAACAGUCUGUGAGAGUCAAAUAUUGCGGUAUGAUGGGGAUUAGUUUGACAUUGUAAAGCCUGGCAUUUUAGUAAACCAGGACAUUGAGAUAAGUGAAAUAAGUGCCAGGAGUACAGUCAUUACAGUCUUAGUGGAUUUCAUGCACUCUUGAGGCUAAUCGAAGCACUAGCUAAUGUGCUUCUACAGUACGUGUUUGCUUCAGUGUUCAUUGACCUUCCACACAAUUCUCAAUCAAUAGAUUUAAGAGGCUUACAUUAGUUUACAUAGUAGACAAAAUGGCUCUUCAAUAUGCCCCCCCGUGUCAGUGUUGGUUCAGUAUUCGACUGAAUGCUCUUGUGUUCAGUCAGGUGUUAGGUAAGCAUAAAUGCUUUCUGCUUUUCUCUCUCGCAAAGUUGAAUGUUCUUCCAAAAGGUCUUACAGGUACUUCGGUCCUGUCAUUUUACAUAGUCGUCUUAACCAGUCUUUCCGUGAGUUAACAACAGUCAAUACUGCAAUUGGUGAUGAUGAUGAUGAUGAUGAUGAUGAUGAUGCAGAGUUCUAAUACGCCAAUGACAACAUACUGUAGUUUGGCUAUUUUGGCUGUACUUGGAAACUGCAACAUUUUUUUUUUUUAAAUACAUUUUUUGUUUUUAUAAAUGUGCUUUACAUGUACAAUGUGCAUCCAUCCGUAUUACUAACAUUGACUCAAUGUGAACAAGAUACUGUAUGUACAAAACAUAACUAUAUUCUGCAAUGGACUUCAUCUGCAGGUCUAAACACUGAUGUCCACUUUUUUCUAGCUGCUCCGUUGUGUAGUUGAUCACAAUUGUAGGUUACUGUUGUCGUUCAGUUGGUACAUUUUGUGCAAAAAAAUGCUUCUUUAUGAAAAUGGCCCUUACUUGAAGCAUCUCAAAACAUCCCUUAGCAGAGGGAAUUUUGUUCUCAACAGCGCAAUAAAUCAAACUCAACAAAUGUACUGAUAGGGGGUUGUUGUUGUUUAGGACAAUGCACAAUGUGUUCUUGUAGCGAGGAAACAUUAAAUAAUUAAAUGUAAUUAUAUAGAGAGUGAAUAGUUUAUAUAUUUUUUCUUCUAGAUGAUUAACAAGUUUUUCAUGUAAAAUUUUGUCAAGUGGGUGGAAUGUUAGAAAAUAGGUCUUAACGGGAUCUGGGUUACCUAGUUUACCAUCUCUGAGAAAAAAAAGAAAAAAACAUGGAAAUGGGUAAAUCCAGAUCUGGAUGGGAAACUAGUCCAGAAAAUCAUAUACAAUAGAACAUUUGAAUAAUUUGAAAAGAUGUUUUCAAGCUCAAGAUAUAGACCUCUUUUGAGACCUCAUUUGAUUUUUGAAGAAAAGCCUGUUGUAUAAGCCCAGUACAUUUCAAUGGUUUUCCAAGAAAACUUGAACUCCUUAGAAAAAAAACAACAACAACAUUGUUAUUUUUAUUCUUUAUGACAAAACACCAUAUGACUGUGCUCUGCUUCUGUGUACCUAAAAAGAUGCAUUGUGGGUCAUGGGAUUAGUCUAUUUUGGUAACAUGGUUUUGUGUUCCGUACAUGGCAAGUGUUUAUAUCAUUAAGCUGCAACCUGUAAAUAACCUUUGACAGAUCCAAUUGGAGAACUCAAGAAUGCUAGAGGUAUAUUUGCUGAAAAUGAUACUUUAAACUGGAAAAAGGAAUUAAAUAUAUUUUUCUCUUUUGA